AUGGCUCCUAUGACAACAUUUAAGGGCGAUCAGUUCGAUCGCUCGUUAUUCGAGUCAGUCAUAAAACGCCGCUUUUUCUUUACCGAGUCCUUUGAAAUUUACCGACUUGCCCCAAGCUUUCGCGGAGACAACCGUGGCCUGUUCGACUAUGGCCCCCCUGGCUGUGCCUUGCAGGCCAAUAUUGUCGAUGUUUGGAGGAAACACUUCGUUCUUGAGGAGAAUAUGCUGGAGGUGGACUGUACCGUGAUUACUCCGGAGCUUGUCCUCAAAACAAGCGGCCACGUCGACAAGUUUGCAGAUUGGAUGUGCAAAGACCCCGUCAAAGGCGAAUACCUACGUGCAGAUCAUCUCGUCGAAAACGUGCUUCAAUCUCGCCUUGACCGGGGAGUCAAUGGCCCGCUGAAGAAUAGUCCGAAGCUAGAUGAAGAAACUAUUGCUGAGUAUAACGAUAUCUUGGCUAAGAUCGACAAUUACGAUGGCCCAGAACUCGGCGACUUGAUCCGAAAAUUCGACAUCAGAAAUCCAGAUGGCAAUGGAGAAGUCCUCCCCCCGAUCCCAUUCAACCUCAUGUUCAAGUCUACUGUUGGACCAAGCGCAGCGGCUCCCGUCUACCUACGUCCCGAGACGGCCCAAGGCCAAUUCUUAAAUUUCCGGAAACUUCUCGACUUCAACCAGGGUGCAAUGCCUUUUGCUUCCGCAAGCAUUGGCAAAUCCUACCGAAAUGAGAUCUCACCGCGAUCCGGUCUUCUCCGAGUCAGAGAAUUCUUGAUGGCCGAGAUAGAGCAUUAUGUCGACCCCGAAAAAAAGGAACACGAACGCUUCCAGGAGGUAGUCAGGCUUCAACUGCCUCUCCUUGACAAAGCAACGCAGCUAGCUGGCAAAACUACGUGUCGAAGUAUCACAAUUGAGGAAGCAGUAACGUCUAAAACUAUCGACAAUGAGACGCUCGGAUAUUUUCUUGGCAGGAUAAUGCUCUUUCUUCUCAAAAUCGGUGUAGAUCCUUCGAAGUUGCGGUUUAGGCAACAUCUGGACAAUGAGAUGGCGCACUAUGCCUGCGAUUGCUGGGAUGCCGAGCUUCUCACAAGCUAUGGGUGGAUUGAGUGCGUUGGUUGUGCUGAUCGAAGCGCGUAUGAUUUGACAGUGCAUUCGAAUUUUACGGGCACCCCUUUGGUCGUGAAAGAGGCCCUUCGCACGGGUCCGGUCAAGGUGGAGCGGUGGCAGGCGUCCUUGGACAAGAAACUUGUUGGCCCCAGGUUCAAGCGAGAUGCCAAAGCAGUACAGGCGAGUGUUGAAGGCUUAGAUCAGUCGCUUCUCGAGAGACUAGCCUCGGAGCUGAACGCAAAAGGGGUUGUGACGAUUGACACUGCGACGCCUCUAGCUGAUGGCACAUCAUCCGUGGAGCUUUCGAGUGAGCUUCUAACCAUCCAAAAAGUGACCCAAGUUCAGACUAUUCGAGAAUAUACUCCGAAUGUCAUUGAGCCUUCGUUUGGCAUUGGCCGUAUAUUAUAUUGCCUCCUCGAGCAGACAUACUGGCAUCGGCCUCAAGAUGCCGCAAGAGCUGUUCUAUCACUGCCCCUCAUAGUGGCGCCGACCAAGGUUCUUAUUGUACCAAUUUCGGCACAAUCUCAAUUCACACCCAUUGUGCGCAGGCUGUCCUCUCGGCUCCGAGUUCUAGGUAUAACGAACACCAUCGACGCUUCCAGUGCCUCAAUCGGCAAAAGGUAUGCGAGAAAUGACGAGCUUGGCACCCCGCUUGGUAUCACCAUCGACUUCGACACGGUAACGGACGGCUCCAUUACCCUCAGAGAACGGGACAGCACAACACAGGUUCGGGGCUCUGAAGAUGAGGUCUUGCGAGCGGUCAACAAUUUGGUCCACGGCACUGAGUCAUGGGACCAAAUCACCCAGUAUCUGACGGCCUUUUCAACACAGGGCCAGGAUAAUGACUAG